AUGGCAGAAUAUUCACAAAAGAGUUCAACGUUGAAAGGGGUAGUGGAGCUUUACAGGGACUUCAUUAAGGACUUGCGUGUUGAAUUGGGAGAGACCUUUUCACACAAUAUUCCUAUACUUCCCGCUCAGCAGGAUUCACCCACUCGAUGGUUUGACAUCAUACUACGAACCAACAAUCAUAGGAUUAGGCUGAGGAUUCGACGGGACAACCUUUACUUGGACGCCUACCAAAUGGAGAAUUCUGAGGGGUUGAAGUUCGGGCGUACUUCUCUUACUUCUCCACAUCUAAUUCCCGGAUCCACUUUCUUGGGUUACGAUGGCAACUACAAUGCCCUGGAACGUGCUUCUGGGAAAGGUAUGAACAACAUAGCCCUUGGCCGGAUUGCACUCGCUAAUGCCGUAAAUGGUCUGGCUACCUCUACGAUCUCCUCUGCAAAUCGCGCGAGGUCACUGAUCAUCGUGAUUCAAAUGAUCUGUGAAUCGAUUAGAUUCACCCGUAUCUCUGACCUUCUUGCUGCCACAUUAAGCAACAAUAGUUCUUCACCACCUCCUGAUUAG